ACGCGGAACCCUCUGUGACAGGUGGGCCCUUGCCCCUCAGGCGCAUUGUUUUUUUUUGUGUCUCUGGCGCCGUUGGGUGGGGCACCGUGGGCGGUGAGCUGACCGCCGCGCCGUCGGUGGGCGUGGGUUGGGGGUGGGGGUGCUUAUUCUGGGCGGCUCCGCCUCCACGUAUAUAUUACACGCGCGCGCAUGUACGCGAAGAAUUUUAGUGGGGAGCCAACGAAGGCAAGGCAAGCCAGACCAGCAGCGGGGGAGAGAGGAGGCAGAAGGAGAUUCUAGGGAGUUAAGGGAGGCGACCGCCAUGGGGGACUCCAGCGACUCCGUGUCGGUCGACGUCGAGCGGAUCUUCUUUGGCGGCAAGGGGCAUCGAGUGAGGACGAGGCACGGCCCUCUAUCGGUUUCUGUAUACGGAGACGAGGACAAGCCCGCGCUCGUAACUUAUCCGGAUUUAGCCUUGAAUCGUGAACAUGUCUUGCUUCCAAGGAUUGUUCUUCUGUCCAGAGGCUGCGUCGCUGUUGCUUCACAAUUUCUGUGUGUACCACAUCACACCUCAAGGGCACGAGUAUUGCAGUUAGGAGCGGCUCCAAUUUCAGCUGAUGUGCAUGUGCCGUCUGUCGAUGACCUUGCAGAUCAGGUCGCUGAUGUCCUCGAUUUUUUCAGUUUGGGUUCGGUCAUGUGCUUGGGUGUCACCGCUGGUGCCUAUGUGCUCACCCUCUUUGCGACGAAGUAUCGGGAGAGGGUUCUUGGCCUAAUGUUGGUUUCACCUGUAUGCAAAGCCCCCUCUUGGAGCGAGUGGUUGUACAAUAAGGUAUUGUUAAACUUGCUUUAUUACUAUGGGACGCGUGGGAUAGUCAAGGAAAGUUUGCUUCAGCGGUAUUUCAGCAUGGACGUCCUUGGUAACGGACAGGAUCCAGAAUCAGAGAUUGUCCAAGCCUGCAGAAGUUUACUUGACGAUAGGCAGGGGACUAAUGUCUGGCGGUUCCUUCAGGCAAUUAAUAGGCGACAUGAUCUAACAGAAUCGUUGGAGAAGCUUCAGUGCCAGACGCUGAUUUUUGUUGGGGAAAACUCACAGUUCCAUGCUGACGCUGUCCACAUGACCACAAAGCUAGACCGGAGAUACUGCGCCCUAGUCGAGGUUCAGGCAUGUGGUUCACUUGUCACAGAAGAGCAACCCCAUGCGAUGGUGAUCCCGAUGGAGUACUUCCUUAUGGGAUACGGGCUUUACAGGCCAUCGCAGCAGGAAAGCAGCCCCCGGAGCACACUGAGCCCGUUCUGCAUCUCGCCCGAGCUUCUGUCGCCGGAGAGCAUGGGAGUGAAGCUGAAGCCCAUCAAGACGCGCAUCUCACGUAACGUUUAGUGUGGGGUGGAUCUCGGUUGGCCAUGGCAUAUUGGCAUGGCAAUCACAACUCAUCAAAGUGAAGGACUCCCUUGGGCUGAGCUGAUCAACCACGAAAUUUUGAUGCCUUUCGGCAUCUAGCGUGAGAAGAUUUACAGGGUGAAGGCAAUUUUUGUCGAUGCAGGGAGGUUGUAGAUAAUGAGGGGGAAUGGUUGUUUGUUCAUAUACAUAUAUGUGUAAGUUAGUACACAUGUACACCUAAACACGGCAUCGUUCCAUACAGUACAGAAUACAGAGAAAGAAAAUGGGAAAGCUGAAUCGUCGUCCGAUACUGA